AUGUCCCAACAGGUGGAAGAUUUUGACACUGCGCCUGAACAGUUUGUUGACGCGCUGGAUAACGAGGCUGCUAGUGAUCCCGUGGGGAGUAGUCCCCCAACUGGUACUGUGCCACGUUCGGGUGCGAAUAAUGCCAGGAACCACGCUAAAGGUACUGCUGCUGCUGCUGAGGACAAAACAAAAAACAAGUUUUGGACCGGUAUGAGAUUUUUCAUCAAUAGGGAAGAUACCGCACACGAUAACGUGAACGACGCUGACCGUCUGGCCGCACUGGUGACCACGUACGGUGGUGAAUUGAUCGAUGAGGUGCCCGAUAGUACCGACCAGGACGGUAAAGCACUGGUCAUUUCACCUUACAACUACACCAAUCGGAUAACAGUGACCCCGACAUACUUGAAGGCGUGUGCGAAGAGCAACACUUUGCUCAGUUACAAUAGGUACAUCGUGCCCUUCGACGAGUACGGGUCCGCAAUUGACACGCAGUUGCGGGACUCGGCAGCAGCGGAGGAAAAGGAACAAGGUCCAGGGAGUAGAGGGACACCCAAAGAGGAUUCGGACGGCGGUCUGUUUCCAAAUUUCAACGAUACAGAUAACGAAGACGAUAACUCGGAUGAAAGCGACAGAGCGCGGCAAUUGAAACUGCUGCAAGAGCACGCCUCAGAGUAUAUCCCUGGUGCUCAGUCUGCUGAAGCUACCGCUGGUGGUCGUGCAAACUCUGGGGUGGCCGCAGAAGAAGGGAAGAAGGGAGGCGCAAAAUCUGAGAACAAAACCAGAUCUGUUCCAAGAAGAGCUAACAUGGCAAACCCACAGGCGCACGCGCAUAACAAGGCCUCGUUCACAGAAGACGAGGACGAGUUUAUUUUGGAUGUAGUGCGCAAAAACCCAACAAGACGUACUACACAUACACUGUACGAUGAAAUAUCACACUACGUCCCCAACCACACUGGUAACUCGAUAAGACACAGGUUCCGUGUCUACUUGUCCAAACGACUGGAUUUUGUCUACGAGGUGGACAAAUACGGGAAGUUGUUGAGAGACGAGCGUGGUAACCUGAUCAAGACAAAAGUGUUGCCCCCAGCUAUCAAGAAAAAAUUUGUAGCCGAGGAGGAUUACGACUUGGCUAUUGCCGUGAAACAGCAGUUCUAUCGUGAUCUGUAUCAGAUAGACCCGAUUAGUGGUGCCUCGCUGAUAUCAUCGAAGGACACACCAACUGCCAUCGCGAAAAGGUCUAUGACAAUGGACCCUAACUAUGUGCCUGGGCAGGAGCCCACUUUUGAGACUUACCGUGUUAAUGGUCGCCGAGGCCCAAUAGCAAGAGAGUUUUUCAAGAAUUUCUCAAAGGAACAUCCAAGCCAUACAGAAAACGCGUGGAGGGACAGAUUCAGGAAGUUUCUGCUUCAGUACGGCGUUGACACGUACAUAUCUUACUACGAGGAGCAGAAGGCGCAGAAUUCGGAGCCAGAGCCGAUGAAAAACAUGACCAAUAGGCCGAAAAGGCCUGGUGUCCCAACUCCUGGGAAUUACAACUCCUCGGUAAAGAAGGCGAGAAACUACGGCGCUGUCUCGUACCAGCAAUUGGACCAAUCAGGUGCAGACGAGGGCAACGCUGCCACUGCAGCUGAUGCAACUACUCCAGGAACCGAAAAUGCUACCAAACAGGUUAACGCUGUUCCAGAAAGUUUGUUCUUGGACGAGGAAACCUUGAAGUACGUGACCAACCUACAGCACGACUUGUCCAAGCUUGAUAGUAACAUGCCAUUCGAGUACCCACCUGAUAUUGCAGAAUCUAUCCGUAUGGACUUUAGCAACGAGGAGGAGGCUUACGACACUAUAGAUCCAGACCUCAUCCCAUUCCCACCUAAGAUUGCCACUGCAGAUCUCUUCCUUCCUAAAUUUUUUGAGUUGGGUAGUGUCCGUGAGUUCAUGCAGAAAGUGGACGACAUUAUCUCGAGAGAUUAUGAGCCCACCCAGGCUGAGAAACUGGUGCAGAGUCUUUGUGACGAAGCGGGUAUCCGGAAGACUUUCAGCACCUCGGUGCUUACUUACUUGAGUGGUGAUUUGAUGCUCAUCCCCAGGUACUUUUUGACCAUGUUCAAGAACAACUCGAACCCACCACAAGAUGUCCCCGGUAUAUGGACGCGUGAGGACGAUCUCGGGUUGCGUUCUGGAAAUGAGGAGACCCUCAAAGAAUUGAUCAGGAAGCACGGGACCGGGAGGAUUGAAAUGAGGAGAAAAUUCAUCGAAAAGGAUUUGAUUUAG